AUGGAUGACCUUGAAUUUGUCCGAGUUUGGAUCGAUGAUCCCGAGUUAUCUCCAGACGACGCUGUCUGGCAUCACAACUUAGACGAUGUCGUCAAAGUCAUAGUGCCUCUCCCAUGCCAAUAUAGAAAGCUAGCAGACUUUGCUGUGGACAAGCAUGGUGUCGAAAGGGUUCUCGAACGCUAUGAAGCUGUGCGGUCUCUGCCGCUAGGCAGCAAAGACCCAAUGGUCCUCGCUCAGAAGCCAAGAGACUUAACUCUCAAAAGACUUGAGGCCUGCAAGCAGCUACGUGACGCAUACUGUGAUCGUCUAGCGAAAAUGGACCUCGAUGACCAAGACCGCAUCAGGCUUGAACGACAACUCAAUGCCCAGGGCCGCGCCUGGCUUGAACGACGACUCCGAUCAAUAGUCGAGGUACUAGACAACCUUCAAAACAGCGUCCAGACUGUGCGAAUAUGGUAUCCCGUUUGCCAAGGACCCCUGACGCAGGAUGCCAAAGACAAGGGAAUAGGAGAUAUGAUCCUAGCAGAGGUUCAGCUGGAAGAUCCUAGCAAUGGGUAUGCUCCAAUAUAUCCAAGUCAUCGCCCAGCUGGUGCUGUGUUAGUCGACUUGGCCGUUCUGCCGGAAUACACUGCGACUGUUCGCUCCAAAUAUUUGCCAGUGAACUUUACUCCCUUUGGCGACGAUGAUCCUUUGGUCUGCUCACAGCCAGGUGAGAAUAUUGACCUGAAGAGAGCUCUAGCUUUCAAUCAAGUCUUUUUUAGAUAUGAUCAGGCACGGAGAAUCCAACAGUCCCGGGUCCAACUUCUGGGGAUUGAGAAUGAGCUUAUCAGCAACUGGUUUAGUAGGUGCAUGAGGGAGCUUGAGGGCCGUGUUAAAGUAAUCCAUGGUUGUGAGACCAUUCGUAUAUGGUGUUGCAGUCACCAAGAAGAUCCCAUGACCAGUGUUCGAUCGAAAGGCCUUCACGAUGUGGUCAGAGCAGCAGUCCCUCUACAAGAUCCCCACUACCGACGGGUUGCCGAUGAUAGGACACUCCAUCCAGACGGCGCCAUCCUUGUAGACCUAGCUGUCCAUGAGGAGGAUGUCGGCAGGGUUCUCAGCAAGUACGGAGUUAUCGACUUUGUUCCCAUGAGCAAUGAGGAUCCUGUGGUUCUCUCACAAUCCAGUGAUAAAAUAGAAGACAAGCAGAUCGCUGCUUAUGAAGAUAUGUUGGAGAGGUAUUCUCAUUAUCUUCGUGAAAAAUGCCAUCUCCUUAGCCCUAUGGCCAUAGUCUGGGUUGCUGAGAGGCUAGCUGGAAUUGAGAAUCAACUGUCGGUCCUUCGUCCAAAUUGCCUAGAGGUGGGAAGUCUCCCCUGUUCCUCAUUACGUAUGCUAAUUCUUCAGACCAUACGAAUUUACUGUCCGAAAUACGAAACCCACCCUUGGGAGAUUAUCCGAAAGCUAGACCUUGGAGAUAUUGUCAGAGAAGCAGUCCCUCUGGAAGACCAAAUGAGCCCUCAAGAGUUGGUCCAAGUCGACCUUGCCGUUGAGCCCAGCGGUGUCUCAAGGGUUCGCGGCCUCUGCCAGUUAGUUGAAUUCCAGAGAUUGAGUGAAGACGACCCAAUAAUCCAGAUGCAACCGAAUGGCGGCCCUCACAUGAAGAAGUUCAACGGAUACAAUUACGUUCUUCAGCGAUAUAAAGAGGCUCGUUCAUUGCGGCAGCUUGAUGGGGCUUUGAUGCUUUGGUAUGAGAAAGAAAUUAUGGAUCUUAAGAGUCACAUCGAGAGACUUGGGUAUUUCUAG